AUGUUAAGAGUAAAUCUCCCGCAUUUCCAGCAUUAUUACACUGUUAAAUCAAUUUGUGGACUUGGUAAUUCUGUCGAUAAUUUGGUCAAAUUUCCCCGGGGUGAAAAAAAUUCUAUUAAUAAUUAUUUUAAACAAUUUGGUGUAAAAAUGUUAAGUGAAUAUGUGAUUAAUAAUAUCCAAUACUCCCCCAAAAUCACACACUCAAACUGUCAAAUCAGAUGUGUGACAUUGCCUAGGGAGCACCCGGUGUUGGUGGGUGGUUUGGACGGCUAUGGCACGAGACUACUGAGCGAGUCUGAAUGGCGAAAACUCGGCAUUAAAAUGUCCAAAGGCUGGACUCACUCAGGCUACUCACCCUACGAAUCACACAUUCUCAUCUUUCAACUGCACACACAUAGUAAGGAGUAA